UAGUUUGGAUCACAAAUUAAAAACAUCACAACCAAAGACAGUUUCAAUUUUAAAUAAAAUGAUAACGUUGGUAAUUAUACUUUUGACUUUUGUCGUAUUAUAUUUCUACAAUACAAGGUCUUUUAAGUACUGGGAAAAGAAAGGCGUUAAACAUGACAAGCCGGUGGUUUUUUUCGGAAACAACAUGGAUGGAUUAUUGCUGCGUAAAAGUAAAGUGCAAAUUACUAGAGAGCUAUACAAUAAGUACCCUAAUGAGAGGUUAAUUGGGUUCUACAGAGGAACGCGACCGGAGUUGAUAGUCAGAGAUCCGGAGCUGGUGAAACGUAUACUUGUUACAGACUUUGGCUCAUUCUUUUAUCGUGGAUUUAUACCGUAUACGAAAGUGAUGGAGCCGCUUCUGCGAAACGUAUUUGCAGCAGAGGGUGACUUAUGGAAGAUGUUAAGAAUGCGUAUGACACCAGCUUUUACGAGUACUAAAUUAAAAGCCAUGUUUCCAUUGAUUGUGGAGCGUGCAGAAAAACUACAAUCACGGACUUUUGAAGUUGCUGCCAGUGGAAAAACUUAUGAUGCAAAGGAAUUGAUGGCAAGAUAUACUACUGACUUCAUCGGUGCUUGCGGUUUCGGUUUAGAAUCAGAUUCUCUAAAUGACGACAAUUCAGACUUUCGGAAAUUAGGUAGGAAAUUUGUUGAACUCAGAAUAGGCGACGCCUUAGUUGCUGUGCUCAAGGAUAUGUUUCCAGAGCUUUGUAAAAAUCUUAAGUACUUCUUCAGGGUUGAAAAAGAUGUAAAAAUACUUUCAGAAAACAUUCAAAAAGCUAGAAAUUAUCAGCCGAUAGGAAGAAACGAUUUCGUCGAUUUGAUGCUUGCAAUAAAAAAUUUGGAAUCUGUGGAAAUGGAAUCGAUUGAAAGGAAAAAAGACGACGGUACACCUGAACUAGUCACUAUUAAUUUUGAUGAUGAUGUUUUCAUGGCUCAGCUUGCAAUGUUUUUCGGAGCUGGAUUUGAGACUUCAGCCACUACAUCGAGUAUGACAUUAAAUUUAUUGGCCUUCCAUCCAGAGGAGCAAGCAAAUGUCCAAGAUGACAUCGAUAGAGUUCUAGCUAAAUAUGAUAAUAAGCUCUCUUUUGAAGCAGUUAAUGAGAUGAAUUAUUUAAAAAUGGCAAUAAAGGAAGCAAUGAGGAUAUUUCCGUCACUUGGUUUUGUUUCCAGGCAGUGCGCUAAAAGUUAUACUAUUGAAGAUCUAGGCUUAACGAUCGAUAAAGGAAUUAAUGUUAUGAUUCCAAUUCAAGCAUUACACAUGGAUUCUAAAUAUUGGGACAAACCUGAAGAUUAUCGCCCUGAAAGAUUCCGCAAUGAAGAGGAAAACAAAGAUGUAUUUUUACCAUUUGGUAAUGGACCGCGCAAUUGUAUAGGUAGUCGUCUUGGACUGAUGCAAACCAUGGCCGGAGUAGCAGCGAUACUGUCCAAGUUUACCGUGAAGCCUGCUCCGGAGUCCAGGCGAAUACCAAUUAUAGAUCCUAUGUCUGAAAUAGCACAGGGUAUUGUUGGAGGUCUACCGCUAAUGUUCUACGUAAGAAAUGAAAAGAAAUAAGG